AUGGACGACCUAUUCGAUGAGCUGAUGGUUGUUCUCGGGGACGAUGUUCCUAAGGAUAGAAUUGGCAGAUCAUACGAUGCCAGCCAUUCACAGCAAGAGCCUACGCUCGAAAUUGACCACUUCCCUCUACUGCCGGAACAUAGUAGGUAUUGGCCGAUGCAAAGUCGGGAGGAGUUGAGUCGACAUGGUGGGUUUUCACCUCAGUGGUAAUGACAAACAGUCUUCUCCUGACAAACAGAAAUGGUUCUAGAGGCUAGUCAGCAAUCUGUGGGAACUGGGCGGAACAGAACACAGACGAGACCUCCGGAUACUUUAGUACGGGGUCCUGCGUUGGGUUUAAACUUGGAGAGGGUAUCUGUUCGGAGGUGUAAUACCGAGUACCCCCUGCAGGGCGAUCGAGUAAGUUCUCAUGGUGAUGGCGGCCGAAGGAAUCCCUCUUGGGAGUGUGUGGGACUUAGUGGAACUUUAGUGCCUGGUGAGUAAACAAUGGGAGUUUUGACAGAGAGGUAUGGAGGGCUUAUACUUAGCAGAUGCAAAUUUCUCUAGCCAGCAAAGUCCAUACUUUGGUCGGAAUCUCUGCAGUUCCCCGACUGAUGAGGCAUGGCGGGAGAUCCCAGGCUGCCAACCCCCUCAGAGAGCAGCGCCCCAUGGGUCUAGAAGACUGCUUGGAGUUCGUGCAGUAGGAGACACCACGAGAUCACGCUUUAGACAUCCUCGAAGCACUGCUCCUGUUUCCCAGCUUUCUUCAGCACCUUCAGGAACCAUCCCGUAUUCCCAUGCUCCUCCCAUAGCCCAAGGUGUCUCUCUACUUUCUGUCAAUAUUUUGCCUGAUAAAUAUCGGGGGCUAUUCCAGUUCCCUCUGUUUAAUGCUGUUCAGUCUAAAUGCUUUCCGCUGGUUUAUGGGUCAGAUGACAACGUUGUCCUGUCAUCUCCCACUGGAUCGGGGAAGACAGCGAUCCUAGAGCUCGCAAUUUGCAGACUUUCAGUCAGAAUGGAACCGGGGAGUUAUAAAAUUGUUUACCAGGCACCUACAAAGGCCCUUUGCAGUGAAAGAAAACGAGGUUAAUUGAUCCUUUUCCCUCAACUUGGGCAACAUAUUUGGCCUAAAUCUUCCGAUGAACUAACUGCUUCAUUUACAGAUUGGGAGAAGAGGUUUAGCGUGAUUGGGCUUUCAUGCACAGAGCUAACGGGUGAUACCCAACAAUCGCAAUUACGAAAUGUAAAGGAUGGGGACAUUAUUGUGACUACCCCCGAGAAAUGGGAUAGUAUGACAAGGCGAUGGGAAGACCAUAGGAAACUACUGGAGAUGGUCCGGCUGUUUUUGGUAUAUUCAAAUAGCCCACUGGCCUGUUCUGGGGUGUCUGUCGCUAAUAAUUUAUUAGAUUGAUGAGGUUCAUAUCCUAAAGGAGGACCGUGGUGCAACCUUGGAGGUUGUGGUAUCAAGGUAAUGCCAAAGUAAACAAUUCACCAGUCACUCGUGUAACGUGUGAGAGACAGGAUGAAGUCUAUUGGGUCCGAUGUCAGAUUUAUAGCUCUGAGCGCUACAGUGCCGAAUUCGGCGGAUAUCGCGGAGUGGCUGGGAAAGUGCUCUUCUGUGACGCAAUCUCCAGCCCACGAUCAAAGAUUUGGUGAGGAAUUUCGGCCAGUGAAGCUACAAAAGUUCGUAUACGGAUAUCAAUCUCCCGGGAAUGACUUUGUAUUUGAUAAGAAACUGGAUAGAGCGUAUGUACAUCAUUAUUGGGCUUUUGUGUCCGGAAAUCCUUAUUAACACAAUCGCGCAAUUUCAGACUGCAAGAGGUCAUACAGAAACACUCCGUGAGGAAACCUAUCAUGGUGUUUUGUAUGACCAGAGCUAUGUGCAUUAGCACGGCCAAGGUGCUCGCUCAAUGUUGCUCCACUGCGAAACCGGCAGAUAGGAUGUGGUCAGCUCCAACUAUACAAUUCUCCUUCAAGGACAAGGACUUACACGCAACCGGUGCAUGUGGUGUGGCUUUUCACCAUGCUGGACUUGAUCAGAAGGAUAGGGCACUUGUCGAGCGGCUUUUUCUUGAGGGCCACCUUUCUGUGAUCUGUUGCACAUCGACGUUGGCAGUUGGCGUUAAUCUGCCCACCCAUCUUGUGGUUAUAAAAAAUACAGCAACAUGGUCCAAUGGUGGCCCUAAGGAAUAUGUCGAUCUUGAGGUGAUGCAGAUGCUCGGAAGGGCUGGUCGACCGCAAUUUGAUGAUACUGGAGUAGCAGUUAUCAUGACGAGGCGAGAGCAUCGAGUUAGAUAUGAAAAGAUGGUUUCGGGCACUGAGAUUCUUGAGAGCUGGUAAAUUACCCCUCUGAACCGAGGAGGGUUAUUUAAGCUAACUAACUCAAGUUUACAUGAGAACCUAGUAGAGCAUAUAGUAAGGUUGCACCACUAAAUAGUAGAAGGCGAUACUGACUACCUUUAGAAUGCUGAGAUAGGUUUGGGAACUAUUACCAAUGCCGAGUCUGCGAAACGGUGGCUGAGGUCUACCUUUCUUUACGUUCGUUUGAAGAAAAAUCCAUCACACUACGCGAUAACAGGGGAGAAGGGGAUUCAAGGUAUAGAAAAGAGAUUAGAAGAAAUAUGUGAAAGGAAUAUUAAACUUCUGACUGAAGAAGGGCUGGUGAUGGUAGAAGGGGGGCGGCUAAGGUGCUCCGAACUGGGAUUAGCGAUGGCUAGAUAUUAUGUGAAAUUUGGGUCGAUGAAAACAAUUCUGAGUCUUAAAGAACGAGCGGGUCUAUCAGAUGUGGUAUGGCUCCCUGAUGUCUAUAGAGAACAACCACUGAUAAAGUCAAGAUUGCCGCUUUGGCUAGUGCAGAGGAAUUUAGGGAAAUAAGAUUUCGAAGCGGUGAGAAGGGACUCUAUAAGGAGCUGAAUAGGUCUCCGGGGAUGAGAUUCCCAGUAAAAGGUGAUUUGUGGAAUAGUUCUCACAAGGUCCAACUGGUGAUCCAGGUAAUUCUUCAAUGUGUGUUAGUGAUCUAGGGCUAACAAUGUCCUAGUUUGAGGUUGGAAUGAUGGAAUUUCCCACCGAUCCUGGCUUUCAGAAGUAUAGGACCUCGUUGUUACAAGAUAAGGCAUUGAUUUUUCAGCACUGUCAUAGAGUCAUUCGGUGCAUCAUUGAUUGCAAAAUAUACUCGAAAGAUGCAACAACGGUGAAAGCUGCACUGGAGCUGGGAAGGUCACUCAAAGCGAAGGCAUGGGAAAAUUCGCCGAGCCAGUUGCGUCAGAUCGAGGGGUUUGGGCCUGUGGCAAUUAAGAAGCUGGUGAAUGCAGGGAUCCGGAAUCUCGAGAUGCUUGCAAGGCUCGAGUCUCACAAGAUCGAAACCACACUCUCCCGGAAUCCACCAUUCGGGGCCAACGUGCUUAAAGUAGCCCAAUCUGUUCCAUUGUUUAGGAUCUUUUGUAGCCAGAUAUCUGCGGUAUGUCAAGCGGAAAUUUCAUGAAUUUUGUACUAGACUGUGGAGCUGACUUGGGGACCUGCUAGAGCGGCAAUGGGAAGGACAAUGUGAAAUUAACUGUGAAGGUGGAACUUGGGUUUUUGAAUAGUCGCCCUCCUGAGAGAUUUCGUGGUAGCCUUCUUUUUGCAAACCUCGUUGUAGAGCGCUCAGACGGCCUCCUGGUCGACUUUAGGAGGCUUCCGUAAGGUAUCCACUAGCGUUAUUAGGCAAGGUGCUCACAUAGUUUAGUGUCCCAAAGCUAGAGGGUGGAAAAGCGGUCCAGUUUAAUGUUUAUUUGGGAACACCCGAACAUAGUGUUUUGUGUCACUUAGUUUGCGAAGAUAUAGGUUUGUGCUCGACCCUUAGUCUACGGAAUGCAACUCUAACACUGUGUAUAUAGUUGGCACAAUUAAGACCCAUGAGCUUAAACCGAUGGUAGACACUUGUUUAUUUCUACGGAAGUUGAUUUUUUCACCUCCACAAAAGGCCCAUGAUGAUGGGACAGAUUCCAGCCAGGUUAGGGAACCUGCUGGGAGUGAGGAGGAGUAUGGGGAUGCAGAAUUCAUCGCGGCCGGUAAGAGCAGCAGAAGGCGAGUUAGAUAGUGAUUGCUAAUAGUAUCAUACUCGCGAUUUAUAGUGGAAGACCUUGACUUCUCGCAUAUUAGGGGUCUUGGCGAAUCAUUGACCGAUCAAACUAGACUAAACACAGCAGCCAAUGCGAGAAUGCUUGCGAGCAAUGCGAAUGGGGUAAGGGCAAACGGUGUCUCCGAGGAAGCAGAAACCCAGGAGCCUCACCAGCUGCCGAAUGGGAAUUGGGCAUGCAAACAUAAAUGUGGGGACAAGUCUAAGUAAGGUGACCCCAAGUCCGGAUUGAUCGUGUGCUAAAAUAAGUUAGAUGUAAGCAUUUUUGCUGCCGUGAGGGAUUAGAAAAGCGCCCAAAGGCAGUAAAAGCUACGGGAGGUACCGUCGCAAUGAAGCCAAAUACAGUUCUUGGAGCGAAGCCGGCAGAGAGUGGUUCCAGUAGCCAGGAAACUAUUGGGCGGCAAGCGCUACCAUACCGUCCACAAAGCAACGCCAUGCUGAAGGGGGUGAGAACUGAUGAAGGGUUCGAUGGCUCUUUACCCCCGCUGAAACCUGACCCCCCGCUCUCUACUGAGAUGACACGUCUGAAAAGAUUGCACGAAGCUCACGGGGGAGAGGCUGGAUCGAAAGUGAGGCGUCUCUCCGCCAUUCCACUGCGUCCAAAAGGAAAAUCCACACCAGAAAGCGCAUCUGGGACAAUCCACGGGGAGAGAUUGAGCGAUGAUGAUGACGGGCUCCCAACUCUGGAAAGGCUUUUACGUGAAGGCACAGGUUAUAAAUGGUGCCCUGAAACAAUGACCUCAAAGCCGAAGAGAGGUAUUCUCAAGCACCCAAUUGGGAGGGAGGCCGAAACUAACGAGAACGGUGUCGACGGGGUUCGGGGAGUUGGAUCGAGAGUUGGAUCAGUGGGGAUAAAACAGACCAAUACAGUUCAUGGAGCAUUUGAUAGUGGCAGUCAGGUGCUAGGCGACACGAAGCCCAAGGAUGAGAUAGCCGAUUCCGGAGAACGGAUAUUUGACGUUCCAAUAUUGGGCGUGGGUAAGUCACUGGAUGAGCCAGCCGGCGAAGGAGACAAGAUUCCGAAGGUGGAACAUGUCGCCAAAGGUGAAGAAGGUACAGCACUUUAUGAAGACCUAAACGCCUGGGAUGUGAAACAAGAGCCUAAAGUGGCAGUUGCGCCACCAACAGGGUUGCGGGUUGGUAGAAUCAAGCAAGAGGAUCGCAGGGCAAUAGAGCAGGAUACACCAGUGCCUUCCAAAAGACUUAAGUGUGGAGCAGAGCCUGAAUACGGCAGCAGACAGAGACUAAAGCCUGAGGAUGGGGAGGACUUGGAUUAUGUUGUCAUGUAUGCUAGUCAGGGAAGCAUUAAGAAGGAGUGGGAAAUUAAAGAGGAGGGAGCCGGGGAAACUUUACAAGAAAGAACCUCAUCUGAAGAUUUUGUAAUUUACGUCUAAAGGAAUAGUAGAGGAAUACAAGAAGCUACUAGGAGGACAAUUGGAUUAGCAGAAGGGAACGAACUAAGGGAGAGAAUGAAGAGAGCGGGGCAGAUUAAGAAUAGAAUAAUACGAUACCUGAUGGUACCUAUGCCGCCGGAUUGGAGUGGCCACCAAAAAGGGAGCAACUCCA